CAACAAAACUAACUGACGCGCUAGAGAGGAAGAGAGGCCAUGAUGAUGAUGAGGAGGAGGAGGAGGAAGAGGGAGGGCCGCAGAAAUGUCAAACUACUUCAACUUGACACAAGAUGGAUUCCCGCUCCGUGAUUGACUUUAGAGUUGAUCAUAUCUGGUAAUCAGCCGGCCCGCGCGGCGUCCUCGCGGCCCUCAGUCAACAAUGGAUUCUAACAUUCUGGAGAUAAUGGAGGAGUUCAUGGGGAGUCCGUUGGCUCGAUGGGUUCAGCUGUUUGAGAACACGCUGGAGAGCGAAGCAGACAUCUGCGGCCAGUACAUGGAAGUGAGCUCAGCUUCUCGGAGCGCCAGAGACCUCUACGUGAAGCUCACCAAUGGGGUUUUCCUCAAUGAGGUCAUGAGAACCAUAGAUCCAAACCCCAAGGUGGAGAGGCUUUACUACAGCGAGAGAGACGACAACCUGCUGAGAGUCCAGAAUUUCUCCAUUUUAAAUCGACACCUGAGGGCCUUCUACCAGGAGGACCUACAGCAGUUGAUUCUGACGCCGCUCCCAAACGUUGCCAUUCUGGGGCAGGACCCUUUCACAGAGGCAGCUGUGGAGGAGCUCAGACAACUGCUGCUGCUGUUACUAGGAUGUGCCGUCCAGUGUGAGAGGAAAGAAACUUUCAUUCAGCAGAUCCAGUCUCUGGACAUUGAGACUCAGGCAGCCAUUGCCAACUGCAUCCAGCAGGUAACUCAGGAUCCUCGCAUGGUGCUUCCGCUUCAGUGGGAAGAGCUGAUGGACUCCGAAGGCGCAGACUUACAACUGGUGUUCAGCUCCAUGGCCAAACAAAUCCAGAGCCUGUUAGCACAGAGAGACUUGCACCUGGAGAGGAUAGCGGAGCUGUGUCGGGAAAGGGAAGCCCAGGUUGAUUCAACCGCAGCAGUCCCAGGUGGCCACAGCCAAGAGCCGCCCCAGAGUCUGCCGCUCCAGCUGGCCGACAGCAAAGCCAAACUCCGUCGGCUCAAACAACAACUGGAAGACAAAGGAGACCAGCUAUUGGAUUACAAGCAUGAGAUUCAGACCAUGGAAGAGCAGCUCAAAAAGCUUCAAAAAGAGAACCGUUCUCUGCAGAGUGACGCGAGAUGCAUGCGAGCACUGCGGGAUGAGCUGGACUGCGCCCGAGAGCGAGCUGGACGGACGGAGCAGCUCCAGACUGAGCUCCAGAGCUGUAAACACAGAUUACGCAGCCUGGAGCUCACGCGCACUCAGCUGAAGGAGCAGCAGCAGCUCUGCGCAGCGUUGCAGGAGACAAAAACUCUUCUGGAGGAGCAGCUGACUGACGCCCGGGAACGCUGCUCCUUGCUAAGGGAGCUGGAGAGGGACAAUCUUCUGCUGCGUCAGAGGAUCAUGGAUGUUGAGGCGGAGCGGGACACUGAGAGGCAGCGUGUUGAUGAACUACUGGAGAUGAACAUGAGCCUCGAGGCGGACCUGAGGCAUGCCAUCUCCAGCAGGGAGAAUGUUCCUGCUCCGGCUGCCGUGAUUCACCAGCGUUUCCUCCGCUCAGAGCUCGAUUCUGACGAGGAGAUAAGCGAAUUGACAGAUCAUAAACCACUGAGUGUGGAAGUAGGUGAGGCUUCGACACUGAUGCUCCUUGGAGCAGAGCAGGAAAACGCAGAGCUGAGGAGACGACUUGAGGAGCUUCAGGCCCAUCAGGAGGUGAACUCUCCAGAUGCAAAAGAUGAGCUGUCCUGUUUGGAGAUGGAGCAUCAGAACACACUCAGAGAGUUUCAAAACCUGAAGAAUGAAAAUGCCACUUUAAAACAACGCCUGGAAGAGCUGCUGACUCAGCUUCAACACCUGAAGGACUCAGGAAAAGCGAGAGACAUUAAAAAACUGCCCAGAGAAGAUGAAGAGAUUGUUAGAGGAGUCCAGGGCUGUGAAUCCUGUAGGAUAGAAGGGGAAGGGAGGGUGAGACUGAUGGAGGACAGGGAGAAAACGGGAGACAUCAUUGGGAGUCAGCGGGAAGCAGGAGUAGGAGAGGAGGGCCUUCAUGCUCAAGAGGGAAGAUGUGAUCCGUGUGAAAUUGAAAUUCAGGCCAAAAGGCGAGGAGAAGCAGAGGGAGGACAGAAAGAAAGGCACAAAUGGGACAAAGAUGGAGAACCAAAGGAGGAACAGGCUGUCAUGACUGAAAGUUCAGAGAUCCCAAAACAUCCCAUGGAGGACCACAGUGAAGUCAAAUAUACAAACCCAGCUGUGUUUGCCCUGUCUGGUCCUGAUGUGAAGCUUCUGACAAAACAGCUCCAGGAGGCCCAGGAGGAGGUGGACCGACAGGUGGAGCUGGCUCAGAACCUGCGUUCAAAGCUGGCAGAGCAAAGCAGGAAGACAUGGGAGGCAGAGCAGAAGCUGGUCCUCUCGGAGUCUGAGCUGCAGCGCCUGAAGAAAGCUGCAGAGAGCCUGCUCGAGGCUCGAAGGCAGAUAGAGGUUCUACAGUCAGAGGGUCUGGCCAUGGAGGAAGAGCUGUGCCGCCUCCGAAGCCAGGUGGAGCUCCAAAGGAUGCAAACCACGGUCAUCGCCACCCUGGAAGGGGAACGCGCUGCCCUGGAGAGAGACCGAGACGCUCUGCGCAGCACGGCCGAUGCUCUGCGGUCUGCCCAGCGCAAGAGCAACCAGUUGGAGCUCACCAUCCAGACUCUCAGAGGUGAGCUGGAGCGCCAAGGCCGUGGUUUGGAGAUGUCCCGCCGCCGGGAGGAGCAGCUCGAGGUGGAGCUCCGCGAAGCAACGCUGGAAACUGAAGCUCUCGCCAGAUCACGAGACCAGGCGCUGCUGGAAGCCUCUCGACUGGAGAAGGAGAAAGAGGCGUGCCAGUCGCAGUUGGAUACGCAACAGAAGGAAGGGCGCCAGAGAGAGAGGGAAGCAGCAAGGCUAAGGCAGCAGCUGGAGAGCACAACCUUGACCCUGGAGCACAGCAACCAGAGAGCUUGUGCUCUAGAUGCUGAACACAGACGUGUGUGUAAGCAGUUAUCUGAGACCAAGGAGCUCUGUACUCGGCUGCAGGAUCGAGAGAAAGAGCUCAGCACUCGAUUAAGCAGCAUGGAGGAGGGAAAACAGCAGCUGCAGGAGCAUUAUGCCGAGGCACAGGCCAAGAUGAGCUCACUGUCCCAGGAUCUCUCAAGCGAACAGGCGCGCUCACAGAAACUGACCGCUGAAGUCGACCGACUGAGCCAGAGGGUACAAAGAUCUGAAGCUGAACUCAAAGCGACAACAGAUUCUCUGAACCAGACGCAGCAGAGAGCAGAGUCACUCUCACAGCACCUCAGGAGAAGCGAAGCUCUGCUUCACUUAGAAAAGAGUCAAGCAACUACAAAAGUGAAGUCGGUUUCAAAUUCAGAGUUUUCAGGCACCCAGGAGGCGCCGCCUCCAGAUCAAAGCCCUGAACCUGGCAGGGAUCGUGCCCUCUCGGUGACCCUCCAUCACUCCUCAGGAGAGCUGGAUAGGCAGCUGAAUGAGAGGGUGACAGAGCUGGAGAAGGAGAGACUGGUGGCUGUUGCAGAACAGGAGGCUCUGCUGAUGCGCUUGUCGCAGUCCCAGGAGGCCUGUGAGCACCUGAGAGGAGAGCUGGAGGCUUUGCGUCGAAACUCACUCAGCCUGCAGGAUUCCUGCACCCGUUUGCAACAACUUAACACGCAGCUACAGGUGGAGCAAGCAUCAUUUAGUUCCCAGCAUGCAUCAGUACUGGCCCGCUGCAGCGAGAGUGAAGCUCGGUGUGCCGCGCUGGAGGCCGAGUCGAAGGUGUGGGCCCGGGAACGUGAGGAGUCUGUGGCCAGGAUGGAGGCUUUGAGGCGAGACCACGAGCGAAUGACAGCAUUGCAGCAGCAGCAGGAGGUGGAGCUAGAGGAGCUGCUGGACAAACAUUCCCAGCUGAGGAGCAACAAUCGCAGCCUGGAGGCUCAGUACAGGGAGCUGGAGGGCAGGUACAAGGAGCUCCUGGGUGGAAAGGCCCAGCUGGAGGAGAGAGAGAAGGAAAUGAAGAUGGAGAGGGAGGCGAUGGAGGCGGAGGCCCAGAAGAAGCUGGAGACAGAACGAGAGCUGGAGAGGAUGAAAGAAGAUAACGAGAGGCUGCAGGCCCAGCAGAGGGAGUGGUUGGCGUCACAGGCGGAGCUGUUGGCACAGGGUUCCGUGCUGAAGGCGGAGCUGAGCGCCUCCCAGCUGGAGAGGACUCGACUGGAGGGGGAGCUCAGCGGCCUGAGGGGGACCAACCAGAGCCUGGAUCUAAGCAAUGCUCGGCUCACCAGCCAGUACCAGCUCCUGACCCAACUGAAGGGGAACAUGGAGGAAGAGAACAAACACUUGAUGGAGCAGAACCAGAGUCUUCUAAAGGAGAACCGGGCCUUGCUGGAGCAGAGCCUUGAGCGCCGUGACCAGCAUUAUUCGCAGCAGAAGGAGUACCAGGAGAAGCUAAGUGAGCUCCGUCGGGAAAAGCAGAAGCUGGUGGAGAAGAUAAUGGAUCAGUACAGAGUCCUUGAGCCCAGCAUGCAACCUUCACCAAACAAGGCCAAAAAAUCUAACUGGAUCGCAGACAGGAUGAAGAAGCUAAUCAAACCCAGGGGAGGAGGGAGAGAGGGACGGGCUGCCUUUACCGCCGCAGGCAGCGUGGAGAACCUGGCCGACGGCGCAGAGUACACAUCAGACGCACCUAAGAUCGAUCCUCGCAGCGCUCCAGUCUCUCCGUCUCUCCAAAGGAAAUUAUCCUCCAACGCUGAGCCAGACAUCUCUGCUCCUGGGACUCCCAAUCUGCGCUCUGGCUCCGGGGGGCGCCGUAAGCUGGGCUCCCGCCAUGGCUGGGGAAUCGGCUUGGCCAGAGGAGGCUCUGGAGUUUCCCAAUCAUUCAGUCCGGGUGACCACAAGACGCAUCCUCGUCAGCGGUUGCGCUCCAGCCAGACGUCCCAGAGUUCUGUGCUGUGGGAAGGUGUGGGCACUGAGAUGAACACACCUCAGGGUCCCGAGCGGCCCCUGACCACUCAGGAGAACAUUGAAGACGAUGAAGGGAGAGGUGGGGAGAAAGAACAAUGAGGAGGAGGAGAACAAGCCAAGUCAAAGCAGAACCUUAAACACAUUUUUAAAUGUUUCAAGAAGUGUUUGUCCUGAUAGAUUUUUCAUGUGGGAAGGCAUCAUAUAUUCAACAUCAUAUUAAACUAAAGCUGGACUGCUAAAACUGUUCUUUUUAGACUGCAGCCUUGUGUCUUUCAGAUAAUCGACAAUGAUGCCCUGAAGGCCAAGACAAAAACCUUACCAGAGCUGAAUUACCAGCAAAUAUUUUAUAAUGUUUAGUAAAAUAUUCGGAAGAAUCUGUGUUUGGGUAUUUUUUAAGAUAAAUGCAUAAUUUGUCAGUUGAAGAGUUGCUGCGUUUUAAAGGAACAGAUCAUCUCUCUAAACUACCAAAUAACAAAAGCCUCAGCAAGAUUCGACUCCAUCGAUCAGCCACAAGCUUCAAAGACAAUCUUCCCAAAAGACCCUUUGAUCAUUCUCUAUUCCUCCUUCAAGUUGCUUGGAAAAAAAGGGAAAAACCCCCAGCUGGUUUUGACAUAAUCCUAUGAACAAGCAAGGAAGCUGCACAGAAAUACCUCUGUUGAGAUUUACUGAGGGGGUCUGUGCGGCUUAAUCGAGACCACACGGAGCACCAGGCUUUUUCCACCACUCCACAUUACGUUUACCAGUGCUCAUUUAGCAAACGCUUUUAUCCAAAGGACUUUACAUCUGACUCACUCACACUCUGCUGGGUACAUGAGGGAAAAUGUGGGAUUCACCAUCAAGAACACUUCAACAAUUAGCUAGCUCUACAGCCGUUGUUGGAUAGUCUCUAUCUCUCCUGAAACAAAGCAGCCAUUCUAAAAGAUUUUGUAAACAAGUGGCAGCAGCUGGACCUUCAAAUGUACAAUUUUGACCCAUAAUCAUGGAUGUUAGGUGCAGAAAAAUGCUGUUGCCCAUCUGCAGGGAACAACAGCUAACCAAAUAAUUACUUAUGACCCCUUCAAGUUUAAAAUAAAAGGCAGAUUUUUUUAUUUCCAGUGUAAAGCUUAGUUCACAUGGCCCUCGGCAACACACGUUCAAGCGACCACUUUCAAUUAAAAGUCAGUUAAUGAGCGUAUAUGAGUGUUUUGGAUGUUCAAAACUCUUGUGUUCAUACGUCAUUACGCACGUUUCUACGACUGUUUUCGGGCUCUACAUACAAGACCCGCGGUCAUUGAAUACCUGUUAAAGGUUAAACCAGGUUGAACUUUGACCAAUCAGGGACUCGGAUUUGGUAGUGACGUAUGGAUUCAUGGAAGUCCCAACAGUUUGAAAAUUGAUCAUGGAGGAGAAAUUAAUAAUUGUGCCCAGCAGGAAUUCUAUGACUCCAAGUCUUUCAUAAAUUGGAAUAUAGCUGUAGAAGUAAAAGCCUGGAGCAAGAUUCAUCAGAUUUGCACCACUUUGACAUUUUGCACCAAGACUAUUCCAACUCUAGAUGGAGGACAUGCAGUAGUAUCGGGUAAUGACAGUAUAAUGUGAACACCAUAUUCUAAACGUGUAAGUUUAGCGUGCAGAUGCCCGGUGUGAAAGUAGCAUCAAAAGUGUAAAAAAAAAAAAAAA